GAUGUCAUUAAAAGCAACCAAAGUCAAAGUUUCUAUAAGUGGAAGCUGUUCCAACUAAAGAAGACAGAAUCACAACGAUUUCUCUAUCCUCCGAGGUUCCAGCUCGGUUCUGCGCAUGAAUACUGUCGGCGCCGUAACGUAGAGACGUUUUUUCCCAUAAGAACUGUCCUUAUAGGAGUAAUGCAUAUAUGAAGUAACAAAAAACGAUAUACCAGUUGAACAUGGACGAUGAAGAGUUUGAUGAAGAAGAAAAGCUAGGAGGAGAAGGAGGAGAGGUACAAGAAAUAUAUCCUUAUGGAGAAUACGAAGGUGGAAGAGAUGAUCAAUUAGAUAGACAUGGUUUCGGUAGUGCGUUGCUUCCGAAUGGUGACAUAUAUGAGGGCGAAUACCACCACGGAAAAAGACACGGAAAAGGGAUGUAUUGUUUUAAAAAUGGUGCUAAAUAUACCGGUAUGUGGAGAAAGGGUUUGAAACAUGGUAAAGGGGAAUUUAUCUAUCCGGAUGGUACUAGGUAUAUAGGAGAUUGGAAGAAGGAUUUUAAACAUGGUAUCGGUACUUACUAUUACAUCAAUGGAGAUACAUACGAAGGUUCUUGGUAUUUGGGUUUUCGUCAUGGGUUAGGAACAUACACGUAUAAAUCGUGUAACGUAACUCAUUUUGGUACAUGGAAAAAUGGAAGAAUGGAAGGACCAGGUGUAAUCAAUUAUCCAUAUUACAGAUACCAUGGUCAAUUCGAUAAAAACCUUCCAAAAGGACCAGGAUGUUUUACUUUUGACGGUAAAUAUAUGCAACAUGGUUUCUACGUGAACAUGCGCGAUCCUAAAUUCGAUUAUGUCGGAGCGGAUGAAUUGGAGCUGCAAGAAACAAAUCCAGAUGGUACGGAAUUUAGGGGAAAUCCCAGAGGAAUUGUACCCAUUUGGCGUGCCAGAACCGUAACAGAAUAUAAAGCAGAGCUGCUACCUCCUGAGCCGACGCCGAUUCCUGUUCAGGAAGAAGAAGAUUCAAUGAUUGACAUUAUUGAUUAUUUGCAAAAAUAUGAGGUUACAGGAUAUCCGACCGAGGAAGAAGAGGAAGGUCAUAGAACUUCCCCUGUACCCGAAGGUCUCGUGGUCGAUAUACCCGACAUGGAUAUUUUUGAUCUCUAAUUCGUAGGAUAAUAAAAAUAUUAUAGUUUGUUGUAUCUAAAGAAAUAAAGUAACUUCCAAACUUG